UGGUUAUCUUAAUUGUUUUUUUUUCCAAAGCAGGAUUUGGUGUCAAGAACCACUGAUUUACAAUUAAUCAACUCACAAAGUAAAAUAAAUGCACACGGAUGAACAAAUUCUAAUGUUGAAACAAUAUGGCUGAGUUUAACAGGAGCAAAAUGAAGGUCCGUUGACUUUUCAAGCCUGGCUGGUCCUCGUAGUUUAAUAUUAGCGCCACACUCGGGGGGGGGGGGGGCACAUACAAUGAGUUAAGUUAAAAAAAAAAAAAAGCUCAGGCACCCAAUUGAGUUGAGGUCCAAAGUUCUUGCCGAGCUUCAGUUUUUCCACUUUAGUUCUCCAGAUCACAUAAAACCAAUUUGAAAAAAACACAUCGCGCGUUAUUCGCUUUUGGCAAUGCUAACAACGAGCUUCAGCGUCACUCUCUUGCUCCCCCUACUGGGAGUUCGGUGUGUUGCGCAGGAUGGCGGUCCGAACGGAAACGCCAAGGGAUGCGUUUGCGGCUAUCCGGGGAUCCGGGACCCCGGGCAGAACGGGGCCCCCGGAAGAGACGGCAGGGACGGACUGCGAGGCAACAAAGGGGACAUGGGUGGAAUCGGUGCAGUAGGACCAGUGGGAAAGGAUGGACAAAAGGGAGACAUAGGGCCGCCUGCUGCACCUGGUCCUGUGGGGCUCAAGGGGAAAAGGGGGGACAAUGGAGACCAAGGACCACCUGGUAAAAUGGGCCCACGUGGAAUCGAAGGCCCCAUCGGUCCGAAAGGAAAUAAAGGCGAGCUUGGGGUACCCGGAACCCAAGGACCCAAAGGUGAAGAGGGAUUUUCUGGACCACAAGGUCAGAAGGGAGAAACGGGUCUUCGUGGAGAUCGAGGAAUUCAGGGGCCAAUGGGUCUUCCGGGUAGGUUGGGGUCUAAAGGGGAAGUGGGCGCUCCGGGUACAAAUGGCGGGGUGGGUCACAGAGGUGACAGGGGGUCUCGAGGAGACAAGGGUGACAAAGGCGAGCAGGGAGAUGCUUGGGUCAUCUCCAAAAGCGCUUUCUCCGUGGGACUCACCGCACAGAGCAAACUCCCGACGGCUCAUACGCCCAUCCGGUUUGACAAGAUUAUUUACAACCAACAAAACCAUUAUGAUCCCCAAACCGGAAGGUUCACAUGCUCGGCAGCCGGCGCAUACUUUUUCACCUAUCACAUCACCGUCUUCUCCAGGAAUGUGAAAGUGGCCCUGGUGAAGAACGGGGCCAAGGUGCUUCACACCACAGACAGCUACCAAAGUGGCGAGGACCAGGCGGCCGGGGCCACCGUGCUGCAGCUGGAGCCCGGAGACAAAGUGUGGCUGCAAGUCGUCGGGGGCGAACUUUUUAACGGGCUCUUUGCUGAUGAAGAUGAUGACACCACCUUCUCCGGGUUCCUCAUUUUUGGGGCCUAGUUUUGAGUGGAGGAGUUUGUCCUGAAUAAUGUAAGUAAGCAUCAUGGUUUGCAUCAACUUUCACCUUCAACCUGCAAAUUUUGAUGUUCAUGUUCUCCCUGCAAUUUUUUUCACAAUGCUGUGUUAAGCUUUACGCAGGUGAUAUGGUUGCUGAUGUACAUUUUGAUCAAUUACGUUUGCCUUACAGUACCAAAGCAAUAUAAAACUUGUAUCUUUUAAACCCCAUAAAAUGUUUUUACUAUUUUGAGAGGUCGUAUAUUCCCUAUUGUCAUGUUGAGCUGAACAUAUUUUGGUCUGUUUAGUUUUUUUUUAAUGGACUACCCGCCGUUGUAUAUAGGAUCCCCAUGAAUGUAUCUCAAACGAUGACUGUACUCCUAAUAAUAAAGCAUUUAAAUGUU